CUUUCCAGUACUAUUUUGAACUCACUGGGACAGGAGGCUUUUUUCUCUCAUUCCUACAGCGCAGCGUUCGUAUCAAAGAAAGUGGUUAUACUUCCAGAGCAUGGCUUCGGACGUGGCCGAAGUGGCAGCCACCCCAGACAACGCUAUUGUUGAUCCAGACUACCGCGCACCAUCAUGGUUCAAAGUCCUGACUUCAAAAGCUUCCGAUACACAUUCGAAGGUCCCAGCAUUGAGAAAUUUGCCCUUUCCAGCAUUUGCAAUAAUUGCGCUUCUGGUUUUUGUCAACAUUGCAGUAUGGGUCGGUGUUGGUAUAGUGUUGCACUAUCAUCCAGCACUCAUUUCAACUGCACUACUGUCAUGGGUCCUGGGCUUAAGGCACGCUUUUGAUGCCGAUCAUAUCUCUGCUAUCGACUUGAUGACUCGUAGACUCAUUGCGACAGGCCAAAAGCCUGUCACAGUAGGUACUUUCUUCUCUCUCGGUCAUUCCACCAUAGUUAUUGUCACCUCCAUCGUGGUCGCAGCAACGGCAUCUGCUGUAUCCAAGGAAUUCGACAGCUUUUCUCGAGUUGGUGGUAUCAUCGGCUCAUCAGUCUCGGCAACAUUUCUGUUACUCCUCGGCGUUAUGAAUCUGUAUAUUGGUUACAGAUUAUUCAUGCGUAUGAAGCGACUUCUUCGUACACCGCCAGGCGAGGAACUGACAGAUGUUGAGAUUUUGGCUGGUGGUGGACCGUUGUUCAAUGUUCUUAAGCGAAUGUUUCGGCUCAUCGAUCGACCGUGGAAGAUGUACCCUCUUGGCGUUCUUUUUGGUCUAGGCUUCGAUACAUCGUCUGAAAUAGCGCUUCUCGGUAUAUCGAGUAUUCAAUCGGCACGCGGAACAUCACUCUGGCUGAUCUUAUUGUUUCCAUUGCUUUUCACAGCAGGCAUGUGCAUGAUUGAUACUGCCGACGGUGCCUUGAUGAUGAGUCUGUACUCCAGUGCGUCGUUGGCUAGGGAUCAAAUCGCCAUAUGCUACUACUCGUUAGCGUUGACGGGUGUUACAGUUGUUGUCGCCGUAUUUAUUGGAACUGUGCAGUUCUUGAUCCUAGGAGCAUCGGUAAUUAGCGACGAGGAAGCAGAAAAGCCUUUUUGGAAAGGCGUGAAUGCGCUUGGAGAUCGCUAUGAUAUUAUAGGAGGCUGCAUCUGUGGGACAUUCAUUAUGGCUGGCGUUGUAAGCUUCCUCGUCUACAAACCCUGGAGAAGAGUAGUGGAACGCAAGAGAACAAUGCUUGUUCCAAUGGAACAACCUGAAGAGGAAGAUGCAGUGUUAUACAGUGAGAUCGAUCUUAUAGGUGGAAGUGUAUCGACGCCGGCUCCAAAAGUGGAGGAAGAGCAAUCUCCAAAGCGUUGAUUGCGCUUGUUGAAGUCUCGCAGAAAAUAGUUCUAUGGCGACAGCGAGGGUAUAAAACAAAUCAGGUUAGAACUUAAGGGCUGAAGAUAAAGAGUCCGGUACUCAGGACAGCAUUGGUGAUGCCCAACGACUAUAUAGAUUAUGGUGGUGAUAGUGCUCGCAUUGUGGAGGAACGUAUACGGAGAGAUAGGACUGACUUUGCGGGGCUUGGAAGAAGAGAAAAUCCACCCACUCCUGCUAGAUCCUGAGUAUUGCGUAGUGCCAAUAUAUCUUCUCGGUUUGUGAAUGAUUACUUCAUUCUAAGCCGGGAUGACAGGCCAGAAAAUCUUAUGAUGAGCAUCGGGAUGCUUCAGAAGUUCAGCCUUG